UCUCCGUUGUGUUUCUCUGCAGCUGCUCGGCAGUAUGACCGAGUGUUUGUGUGUGGAUGUCCAGAGUCUGGGAGUGUGGAGGCAGCUCUACACCAAACACUUACCCCAGUCCAGUCUUCUGUUGAACCAUCUAGGGAAGUCCUGGAAAGUCCUGCCACCAAAGCUCCGGAACAACCUCGAAGAAACGAUCCAGUCCUUCAGAGUGACCAAUGAGGAGAUGAAAGACACCGUUGAAUGCCAGGAGCUUCAGGAGUGUAAUAACCUGUGCCAGAACCUGCAGGUGAAGAUGCGCGGGCGUGGGUUCCCCUGGUCCAAAAUGUUCAUGGUUCUGCUCGUGUUUGCCGCCGGCUUCAUCGCACAGGACAUCAGGUCCCAUGGCUCCUUCGCAGAAUCCACCACAGCCUUGCAUCUGCGCAACUCAGGGGUCACAGCCGUAUCUCAGCAGGCCUUGAGCAAAAUAAAAGUGUACUCAUCACAGGGCUUCAGCUGGUUGGAGACCAACACUCCUCAUUAUUACUCCGAGUGUGCUCGGGUUUUGGGGCCGCUAAUGGACCAAGGCAUGGAAAAGACAAAAACAGCAGCCAUGUUCAUCUCUGAAAACACAACGCAGUUUAUUCUGUGGGUCAAAGAAAAGACGCCGCAGGCCAUCGAUUGGGUGAUCACCAACACUCCCGACAGCGUGUUCACGGCGUUGGCGUAUCUGAAGGAGCUGCUCCUCUCGCUCCAUCAGAACUACAUCCUGCCCGCGCUGGCUUUCAUUUCUGAACUGUUACAGCGAGCGUGGACAAAUCUACAAGAGUCCUGCAAGUCAGUAACUUAAGAGCUUCUUUUCACA